CAAGGACACAAAAAACAAAACAAAACAAAACAAAACCAAAAAAACAAGAAGAAACAACAACAACAAAACAAAACAAUCUUAAUCUUUUAAUUGAGUUUAAUUUGCAUCUACUGUCCUAGCAGUGGUUUGGGCUGACGUAGCCUCCUUCAGUCUGACGUCGUGCUCAGUGGUCGUGCGUGCCGUGCCGGGCCUCGCUGCGGAUGGAGGUGGUGGGGUUGUUUGGGGAUGGCUUGCCGGGUUAUCGCGUCUCCUCCUCGGUGUCUUGCUAGCAUACCGUCACCUUCUCGCACUGAGCAUGAACAGUUUGCAUGAAGAUGUAUAAUAAGCAUUAGCGUCGUGGCAGCCGCUUCUGUUUGUGAGUCCUUUCUAACGUCGCUGCAGCCGAGAGAUGCUUUGUGAGCUUUGAGGUCCACCAGAAGAAGAGAGUUGGUAGCUAUGGCUGAACAAGACAUUUGUCCUCACCUCGAUUCAAUAGGCGAGGUGACAAAGGAGGACCUUCUCCAGAAAUCUAAGGGAACUUGUCAGUCAUGUGGAGCUGGUGGCCCAAACCUGUGGGCCUGUCUGCAGAACGACUGCCCAUAUGUCGGGUGUGGAGAGUCCUACUCUGAUCACAGCACCCUGCAUGCACAGGCUAAGAAACACAACCUUACAGUGAACCUGACAACGUUCAGGAUCUGGUGUUAUGUGUGCGAGCGGGAGGUGUUUCUGGAGCACAGGCCGGCCCUGGUGCCCGUACCUGCUGCACCCCACCUCUGUAAAGCCACAGAGCAGGACACAGCUCCACAGACAGUAGGUCACCCACUAAAAGCAGUACCGAUUGCUGUGGCAGAAGAAGAAGGUUCAGAAUCAGAAGAAGAUGAGCUUAAACCCAGAGGCUUGACGGGAAUGAAAAAUAUUGGAAAUUCCUGCUACAUGAAUGCAGCUCUUCAGGCCCUGUCUAACUGCCCUCCUCUCACUCAGUUCUUCCUGGACUGUGGUGGAUUGGUAAGGACUGACAAGAAGCCUGCUUUGUGUAAGAGCUACCAGAAACUUAUCUCAGAACUCUGGCAUAAAAAACGGCCCAGCUAUGUUGUCCCUACCAGCCUGUCCCACGGCAUCAAACUAGUGAACCCCAUGUUUCGCGGUUAUGCUCAGCAGGACACUCAGGAGUUCCUGCGCUGUUUGAUGGACCAGUUACAUGAAGAGCUGAAGGAGCCUCUGACGGAGUGCAGUGUGGGCAGUGAUGGAAAUGACGGGGAGGACAGAAGAGACGGAGAUCGCUCCCCGUCUGAGGAUGAAUUCCUUUCUUGUGACUCUGGCUCUAGCAGUGACCGGGGGGAGGGAGGAGGUGUGGGUGAGAGCGAGCUGCUCAUCCAGGAUGAGUGUGAUGGGGUCAGGUCACAGACAGGUGGAAUGGGGGACAUCAGUAGUGGUCCAGUGAUCUCUGAGAAGGAGAGGCUUAAAGAAAGGAGGGUACCUGGCUCCCCACUCCGUGGAGGCUCACAAGAGAUGGAUGAAGAUGCUGAUGUGGACACAGCAGCUGAGGAGGGGGGUCCUGAAAGGAGGUCGGAGGAUGAGGAACAGUUGGCACCAAGCACAAACACUGAAGUCCAAAGUCAAGAGAACCAACAGGCAUCUAAUACAGGGCAAGGUCAAGUCCCGAGCAACAACAGCUCAGAGCCAGACAAUGAAGCAUCGAUGACCCAGCCCCAGUCCACCCCCUGUAGUCCUGUGCGCACCCUUCAAGAGAUGCAUCCCAAAUUGUCCUCCAGUCCCCCACGUUCCAGCCCUCUCCGCUCUUCAGGGCCUGCAUACUCCUUCAAAAAAGCUCAGCUGCUGCUCAGUGCCAGGAAGAAAAAGCAGUCUCACUAUCGCAGCGUGAUCUCCGACAUCUUCGAUGGCUCGAUCCUCAGUCUGGUCCAGUGUUUGACAUGUGACAGGGUCUCAACUACAGUGGAAACCUUCCAAGACUUAUCCCUCCCCAUUCCUGGUAAAGAGGACUUGGCAAAGCUCCACUCGUCCAUCCAUCAGAACCUGCCGGUCAAGACUGGCGUGUGCCCCGACACUUACGGCUCACAGGGCUGGAUCUCCUACAUCAUGGACUCCAUACGACGGUUUGUAGUCUCAUGUAUCCCCAGUUGGUUUUGGGGGCCCAUGGUGACACUAGAGGACUGCCUUGCUGCCUUUUUUGCUGCAGAUGAACUCAAAGGGGACAACAUGUACAGCUGUGAGAGGUGUAAAAAGUUGAGAAAUGGUGUCAAAUAUUGCAAAGUGCUUAGACUUCCAGAGAUUCUGUGCAUUCACCUGAAACGUUUUCGGCACGAGGUCAUGUAUUCGUUCAAGAUAAGCAGCCACGUGUCCUUCCCGCUCGAGGGCCUCGACAUGCGACCUUUCCUGGCUAAAGAGAGUCCAUCACAAGUUACCACUUACGACUUACUGUCAGUCAUUUGCCAUCACGGCACUGCAGGAAGUGGGCACUACAUAGCUUACUGUCAGAAUGUAAUCAAUGGCCAGUGGUACGAGUUUGAUGACCAGUAUGUUACUGAGGUCCAUGAGACGGUGGUGCAGAAUGCAGAGGCGUAUGUGUUGUUUUAUAGGAAAAGUAGUGAGGAGUCUGUGAGAGAGAGGCAGAAGGUGGUGGCUCUGGCCAAUAUGAAGGAGCCCAGCCUGCUGCAGUUUUACAUCUCCAGAGAAUGGCUUAACAAGUUCAACACCUUCGCCGAGCCAGGCCCCAUCAGCAAUCACACAUUUCUUUGUCAGCACGGCGGGAUCCCGCCUAAUAAAUACCACUACAUAGAUGAUCUGGUUGUGAUUGUUCCCCAGAAUGUGUGGGAAUACCUUUACAACAGUUUUGGAGGUGGCCCAGCAGUGAACCACCUCUACAUGUGUGCAAUCUGUCAGGUGGAGAUUGAAGCUCUGGCUAAACGCAGAAAAACAGAAAUAGACACCUUCAUCAAGCUGAACAAAGAGUUUCAGGCUGAAGAAGCUCCAACAGUGAUCCUGUGUAUCAGCAUGCAGUGGUUCAGAGAGUGGGAGAGCUUUGUGAAGGGGAAAGACAAUGAGCCGCCCGGUCCCAUCGACAACAGUAAAAUUGGUGUUAUGAAAGGAGGACAUAUACAGCUAAAACAAGGUGCAGACUAUGGUCAGAUCUCAGAGGAGACUUGGCAGUAUUUGUUGGGAAUCUAUGGCGGAGGCCCUGAGAUUGCAGUGAGACAGACGGUGGCCCCAGCUGAUCCUGACACCCUUCAUGGAGAGAGGAAGAUUGAGGCAGAGACAAGAGCACUUUGAGAUAAAGAGAGGUCUUCUGAGCCCUUUUCCACUCUUGCCCUCACAGGAAGCUGAGGAAUUUGCACCAUGGUGAAGAAGCCCCGUCUUGAGCACUUUGUAAAUGUAGCAGCGUGUGAUUCUGAAGCCAUGUUGCAAGAGGAGAAAAUGGUACUUAAAAAUGACAUGGUUUAUUUAUUGGAUACCUUUGAUCCUUAAUGUUAAGGUGUACAAAUAAGAUGUUGUGUCACAUCCUUGGAGCUAUUUUUGGUAGCUGUGGUGUCUCAGUGGCCGCUGUAGUGACAUGGUGUUGUAUAAUGCUAAACAAGCAGACUGCUGCAGGUGUGACAAGCCAAAAUGCUGCAGUGACUAGAAUUACAGUGUGAUGUUUUUGAGGACUUUUCUUCUUCCCUGGAAGCAAAAACCCAGAGACAGUAACAUGCUUUCUGUUGAAUGCCUUUUAUUUAGUUACAUAUCAGACGUGAAGUGAGGGCUCUCAGUCAUUGACUUUGAUUUUUAAAGGGGACAUAUUAUGCUAAAUCUAUUCCCAAAGAGAUCACAUCUAGUUACACACAGCCUCUACUGGUGAGCAGACAAGCCCUGGUGUAGGUAACUGUGUUCAAGUCACCUUUACUGCUUCAGUGUAAGCUCAGCUGGCUCACCGUGAGCCCUUACAUCCAUUCGCAUCUCUCCUGAGCAUUUUAAUAUGGUUAAAUCCAAGUAAAGCUGACUUCAUUUGCAUAAUUUUCAGUUUUUGUUUACAGACAGGGGAAUGGGUAUGAAAUAUUAAGUCUAACUCUACAACCUGGCUUGUAACCUGUCGUCAAUUACGAGCCACUUUUUAAAGCUAGUGCGCUGCAUUGUUAAAAUCAACAAAAUCUCCAUAUUCAUAAGCUACAACCAAUGAUUGUGUGUGAUUUCAGUUAUAUUGCAUGUGAAAUGAGAGGUAGAUGCAUCAGAAUGAUGCACUUUUUGCACCUUCUACCACAGCCUGUUCCUUUUGGGUGCUAAUGUCUCUUCCUGAAAGGAGAUUGGGCACCAGCAGCACUGUUUUAUUUAAAGCUACAGGCACAGAAAGAGUACCCUGAAAACUGGGGGUAUAAGCUGAAACUUAAAGUACACAAUCUUUGGGGAUAUGUAAGACCUGCAUUAACUUGUUAUAAUGGGGUAUAAUAUGUCCUCUUUAAAUGCACUGAGCCCUCAGGAAUGUGGAUUUAUUUUUGGUUUUGUUUGAUAAGGUUUGCAAGCAACAAAACAUGCACGUCUGGGUUCUAAAAGACUUCCAGGUUAAAAAUGCAUGAAAAAAAAGUAUUUUUUUUCUUUUUCCUUUUUUUUUCACUGGUAAGGACAUUUCAGUGACAGGAUGAUAUGCAGAUUUUUUUUUUCUCUCUCCACCAAACAGACAUUUUAUCUGUUUAUGUGCUCAAAAUAAUUUUAUUGACUCGCUUCUGCUUAGUCUAUUAAAGCACUAAAUAAAUAGAAAUAUAAAUAUUAACAAAAUUUAGAAAUGGCAAUUUUCAUAGGUCAUAGACAAAGAUGUUAAGCAGGAGAGAGGGUUACAUAUCAGAGAAUCUUGUGCACCUGGCUGGCUUUUGAGAACUUGCAUAGAGAACUUGUGAUUAAAAGUGUAAAUUCACUUUGAGAUACCUGUUAUACCCUAUAGACUGGUAAUGCAGCGUUUAACAAAGAAAGGGCAGUAUUAAGUGCUUUUCCCCACCACCUUCUUACAGUUUGGCAGAAAGAUCAUGACCCUUUCCCAAAUAUUACAGUAUGCAAAAAUCAGACCUAUUACACCACUCAAGUUACUCCUGAUACUUAGUUAAAGGUAUUUUUAAUUUAUGCAUCAUUUUCGAAUGAGCUUUCUUGGUUUCCGGAUCAUCUAAAAUCCAAAUGAUACACUUCACUUGUGUGUAGGAUUGGAUUAUUGUUGAAGAUGCAUUUUUGCUAAGUAAAGCAAAAAUUUUAAUUUUUUUAUACUACUGUGUAAAUUUUAAACUCCAGCUAUAAAGGAAGCAGUAAAUCAAAAAAAGUCUCCUAAUAAUUUAGCAUAAGAAUGAAAUGGUAGCUAUUUUCCUAAAGUGUGCAAUUCAUGUUACAGCAUAAUCGAUGCAAGAAAAAUGAUUCAAUGUCAAACGUGUAAGAAAUAGAAGUCACUCCAGGCUUAGCUCAGUAAACCUUGUUGUCCUCUGUCUCAUUUCAGAUAAACCACAUGCUUGCCUUUUUUUUUAAAUUUUAUUUAAAUAGAACCUUAUCCCAACUGCAUAGGCAAAUUUUGCCACCACAUUUUUAAUAAUUAAUGCUUGGCAUUGUUUUAAUAAGCUAAUUUUGUCCCUUUAAUAUAUUACAUUAUAUUAGUCUAGUUUAUUGUAAAUUUCAGUAAAUUUGAAAACCAAAACUAGAUAGUGUUAAACAAGAUAUUACAUGCUUUUUUUUUUUUUUUUUGGGGUCAAAUUUAGAGGAUGUCUCCAUAGGUAUAUUUCAUGAAGUCUCAGUGCAUAUACAUUGUUUUGAAAUCUCUAUUUUAUCAGUAAUUAUUAAGGGAGAAAUUUAGACUGGCAUUGAAAAACCUUCAGAAGUAGAGAGUAGAUAAAUGUUACACCUGCGCUGAUGGUGGUGUAAAAGGUGCGAGAAGUACUUUUAUAAUGAGAUUUUCAGUGCCAAAUGACUGAAAAUAAGAACGAAGACUGAUUUAAUCUUUCAUGUAAGACAAAGGUGCAAAGUGGUGUUUGUUCCAGAGGUUUCCCCAUUCUGUAUCCUCAUUCGUUUAGUUUUUUUUCUUUAAAUGAAAUGUUUGUUUAACCCUGAUAACAAAACCACCCAUGCACAUUUAUGUUUACCAGUCUGAUUUUUUUUUUUUUUUGUAUUUGUACUGAGAAAUCAUGUUUUUUCCAUAAUUUGGAACAGAUGGGUCUAAAUAGUAGAGGAUAUUCAUUGCACCUUGGAAGUGGUAGUUUGAAGCAUAGCUAAGUGGUGGAUGGUUUCUAGUUUGGUGGAUCACUUCAGUACUUUUGUAGAUGAUGUGAUCCUUUUUCUUUCAUCAAGCAGUGAACUUGUUCUA